CUUAUUACUCAAAAUAACUGCCUCUCACAAGGAAUACAAGCCUUAGCCAGUUAAGCACUUUCUCCAUUUCCCUGCAAAAACCCGAAACUGAUAUUGUGUUUUCAAUUUCAUCCAAAUUCCAAACACAAACAUGAAAACCUCAUCAUUCUCUCUAACCAAAACCUUAACCACACACCACCUUAGCUUCCACCACACACUCUCUUCUAUCAACAAUUCAUUUUCCUUUCUUUCUCUCUCCCCACCCCUCCCAAAACCAUCUUCCACACCAAAAAUCACUGCUCAGAAACCCAAUCACAACAACAAUGGCAGUGUGAGAGUGAAGGGAAAAAAGGAGAAUGUUUGGAGUGUUGACAAUGACCUUGCAAAAGUGGGUUCUUCUCAGAAAGAGAAGAAGGAAAGAGGAAGGAAGAAAAUGGUUAAGAGGAAUAAGGGUAAGAAGGGUGGUAGAGUUAUUAUUACUGGGGCUAUGUUGAUGGAAGUUGAAACUGUUCUUCAGACUCAGGAACCGGUAAUAAAACCUGCAUGGAAUACAUUUGCUAGCAGUCUCAGCGGAAUUUGGAAAGGUGUAGGUGCUGUGUUUUCUCCCAUCACAGCUGAAAUGGAGCCAAUGGAAAUAAGUGUCAGAAAUGAAAACCUUUAUGAUUGCUAUACUCUUUCUCGUAUAGAGGCAGUGCCAGCAGGGCCGUCACUUUCAGGUGAACGUACAUCUCAAGUCCAAAGAAAGGUUAACUGGGUGACUUUGAAUCCGUAUGGUGAAAUGCCACAACAUGUUGAAGGCAACGACAUAGCUAAGAAUGGUUCCGGUGAUCUUAAUGCUCCGAAACUCAGGCCGCAAAAAUCCGGUGAAAAGAUAACAAAUCGUGUUUUGCCUACAUUUGAAUCCUUUGACUUUAAAAAAAAUGACGUGAUGGAAGAAGAUCUCAUGGGCUGUGAACCAGGACUUGUUUACUUUGAAGAUGGUUCUUAUUCUAGGGGUCCUAUGGAUAUUUCAGUGGGUAAGGAUGAUGAUUCAAAGUACUUUAUCACACCAACUUUCAAGUUUGAACAAUGCUUGGUUAAAGGCUGCCACAAAAGGAUCCGCAUUGUCCAUACUAUAGAAUUCGUAAAUGGUGGUACAGAAAUACAAAUAAUGAGAGUUGCUGUAUAUGAAGAAGAAUGGGUUGGUCCUACUUGUGUCGAUGACCAGAGUGGCGAUAUGGAGUUCGAUUUAAAGCCAUUUUCUCAAAGAAAAAGAACCAAGCCAUCAGAGUUGGCUGGGUCAUGGAAAGUCUUUGAAAUCAGCGCUACGCCUGUGUACAGUGAGGAGACUAAUGUGGAAGAAGGAGGCGAUGCUGCUCCAUAUGUCUACCUUUGUACAGAAACUCUGAAGAAGAGAAGCUCGCCUGAGAGUACCAACUACUUCGGCGAGGAGGAGAGUCUUGACAUGCAGGAUAUGACCGUGCUAUGGCUUCCCGGAGGUGUGACAUGCUAUGUUGAUAUCAAUAAUGAUGGUAUUCUUUGUAUUGGAGUUGGUUGGUACUCCGACGAAGGACUCAAUCUUGUGAUGGAAAGAGAUUAUGGGUUGGAUGGAAAACUUAAAGAUGUAAGAUGGAAAUCAGAGGUGAAGAGAAGGUGGUCUAAUCCACCUAAUGUAUAAAUUAUGAUGAUUUAACAGCUUGUAAAUUGUUUAGUAUGAUCAAUAUUACAAAGAGUAUUUAAUACUAUACGUAUUCACAAGUACAAUGAUGUUCAGAAGUUGAUGCAUGUAUAAAAUUUUGUUGUUUUUAGA